AUGUGGAGCAAUGAACUAAUUGUAAUUGGGUGUUUGUCGAGCAAUAGUGGUACUAAUAAUACUAUUUAUUACAACAUCCACGAUAAGAUAUUAAUACAUUUUGUCCUGAAAGAGACACCAGAAUAUACUGAAAGAUACAAGGUUCAAAAGCAAUGUGAAACAAAGAACCACAUCUCAUUGAAAGACGGUAGCAUACAUAGCUCGAAACGUUUCACAAUUAAAAACGAAUUACUCAAUUAUGAUAAUAAUACACGUUUAUGUAUUGCAUUUCUCAAUAAAAAAAACGAGGAAAUAUGUGUUUGUCAACUACCGUUUCACUUAAGGUUGAGUGAGCCUAAAGAUCUUUCAUAUAACUUCAGAAUAAGAGGAGCGAAUCAGAAAUGCCUGACUAGAGAGGGUUGUGAUCAUGAUAUUAAAGUACAGUGCAAAAAUAAUGGUGAUCGAGUUAAAGAGAAAAAGUCAUCUCCCUCUACUGAAUCUCCAACAACCAAUUAUGACAAAGCCUACGAAGACGCAGACGAACAAAGAGAGGAAGAAAGUGACAUUAAAAUAUUGUAUAAUACACAAUUGUUGAAAUAUAAAUCCAAGACAUUACAAGAAGGCACUACAGCUACUUUCAAAUGCGUAUAUGAGGGACAUCGAGAUAACAUAACAUUAAAAUGGUCUCAUAUGAGUGUUAAUCGCUCAGUUAUAACAAAUAUUUGGCAAGAAGGACAUUCCCUAAGUAUAAAAAUACAAGUGGAUUCGUUUGACAACAAUACAACGUUACAUUGCCACUACUAUCAAAAACAGAAGGAUAAUUUUAUUCACCUCGGAGAUAAUCAGGUAGACAUUAUGGUGCUGCAAAACAAUAAUGUGCAACAACACGGAUACAAAUACGAAAGGAGUAUAACAGAAGAUAUAGAUUUAACUGCUGCCCUCAAUAAAACUAUCCCAAUGGACUGUAAAAGCAAUACAUUAAAUGUACAGAAAUGGUUAGAGAUUCGAAAAGGGGAACUUGUAAACAUUUCCGCUCCUGUACACACUUUUACAAUGUUACAAGAACACAAUGAUACCUGGUUUGUUUGCAUCGGUUUAGGUGAUGCGAAGGAUGGUGUCUUCACACGGAGUGUGGUGAAAGUGAUACAUAUCACACCUAACAUCACGAAGUCCGAUCAAUAUAGAGGAUCUGAUGAGAUAAAUUUGGGAGAACAGGAAACGGAACCAAACAAGUCAUCAAGUUCUAAUUGGCUAUAUUAUAUUAUACCAGCUUUCGGUGUAUUCAUAGCUGUUUCGCUGAUUGCGUUAGUUAGCUUACGACAAAAACGGAAAAAUCAGACGGCAACUCAACCCCAUGAAGUCGAAACAUACGCAACAGCACGGGUGCAAUAUGUAGAUUUGGACAUAAUAUCUUCAAGCUCGAGGAGGAACUUGGUACGCCAAGAAGACACUCCCUACGCUGAAAUCAUCGGAUUUCUGGAACCGAAAAAUAAAUGA